AUGGACCCAGGGCUUUGUUUACCUGAUGCGAACGUGCGGUUCACACUUCAGCAGGUUGGCAGAGAGGCUGUGGAUUUUGAGAUAAUCACACCGGGGUUGGGAUUGAGUCACCAUUCUUUAGCAGAACAGGGGCCCUGCUGGGGCUGCUGCUGCCAAAUGGACGAGUUGCAAUAUUGUGCUAAUCUGGUUCGGAAACAGGCACGUUCGCCAGUGGGUGCUCGUUUCUCAAUUUUUGCUCAACGCGAAGGCCACGGCAAACAGCAAUUGGCGCUGGUGCUGGCGAUAAUGCAGCGAACAGAAUCUUUACGGAAGAGACAACAGUUGUGUGUCUGCCACUGUAGCGCGGCUGUCUGUUGGUGCAAGGGCACUGCCAAUUGGGCUAUUCCAGUAUAA